UCCGUUGUUCUCCAGAUUGUUUAUUUUGCGUAUUUUUUCUUUGUCUACUCAAUCCGGUGGUACUGUUCACAGGACAAAUCCUACAAAGACACUGACUGGUAUUUAAUGACAAUGGGUUAUUUUAUUACUGAUUUGGAUUCCAUGGUAACAUUACUAAUAGGAGUGAUGAGAAGUAAAAGGGUGUGCAGAAUCCUCGAAAAACUUUCCAAAUUGGACAGCUCCAUAGCCAAAGACAAAGAACUAAAAACCAACGUAACUCGCGUUACAUUGCUGGUCCUGCUGUAUCUUGGUGUAAAAAUUGGUUCAUUCCUCCACAGCGCGCUUUUCCUGUCAACCUUUAAGUCAGGCCUAUUCUCAAUGAGCUGCUCUUGUUUAGGAUCUCCCAUUGCUGUAUUGGUCAGAGGAAUUACAGUAGUCUUUCCAACGGUAGAGAUUGCCAUAGUGUAUAUGUUUGUGGUACUAGUCGAAGCAAAAUUUGAAUAUCUGGCUGAAUCGGUGGCCAUCACAAUUGAGAAUAUGGGUGGUGAGAAAGAUUCUUGUGGUCUUAUCUACAUCAAGACACCGACCGCGAAGAAGGAGACUCAGUCUCUAGACCGUCUAGCUGUUAUGCACUUGGAGAUAUUCAGUGUAGUGAGCGAAAUAAAUUAUUGCACUGGGUUCCAGCUUCUCAUAGGACAUUGCUCUAGUCUGUACACCAUGAUUUAUUAUCUCUAUCGCUACAUUACCUUCACCAUAGACAGAUACACGACCAGAAGCUCAAGACUCUACUACGUUCCGUCACUCUUCUACAGAUUAGUAAAAAUCAUCGGGUACAUGAUUUUGGGACAGCGCUUUCACACGAAAAGUCUUCUUCCUCUUAAGACUCUACAGAGAAUUCGCAUAACAAAUUUACCUUCCCAUGUUCAACAACAGAUACAGACACUGAUGAUGCAAUGGAAUGAUAAAAAAGCUUAUUUAACAGCAUGGGGGAUUGUCAACUUUGGCCCUUGGCUUCUUGCCCCAAUAGCUGGAAAUAUUAUUACAUAUCUACUAGUAGCACUGCAGUUUGAUGAUACAUCAAUAGAGGAUGCCAAUGCGACGUUAGCUAUGCAAUCUAUGAUAUAAUAUGUUUAAAUUAUAUUUCGAAAGUUAUCUUUUCCUCUCUUUCACACCAGAGCAAUGUAUUUGAAUGUGUAUCACAGUUUCG